UCCUAUUAUUGUAUCUAGAUGGCGAGAAUUGAUGUCAAAGAUUCUGGUCCUAUUGUAAAUCUUCCAAAUGGAGAUCUUGCAUCUUCUAUUUCUAAAACCAGUAGGCUUUCUUUAAAAAGGUUGAAAGACUUUUCUCCAAAACUCUACAAGGAAGAAAAUAAUUAUGAUCAUCAUGACAUGGAGUGCAGUGUUACUGAACCAAAAGAUAUUGACCAGAUUGAAAUAUGUGGAAUACAGGAUGAAAAUGCUUCUCCAAAUUGUUCUGUUGCAAUAACAGAUCUUAAACCUGCAUUUAAUCCCAGUGUUGUUGAGUCAUCUGAUAUUAGUGAGAUCAAAGUGACUCCUGUAGGUUUACCAAAUGGUGGUAACACGUGCUAUGUCAACAGCAUUUUGCAAGUUCUACGAUAUACUCCAAAUUUCCUGAAUUGUCUUCAUUCGUUGUUAAUGACUAGACACUAUUAUAAACAGAGAUCUCUGCUUGAGAAUGAAGCAAAAGAGACAGCUGUCUUUUUAAGACUGCACUCGUUAUUCUCUGCUAUGAGGAAACAAGAACUCCUGUCACUGAAAAAUAAGUACAAAGAUUACUCUGGAUACCUUGUUAAACCUUAUAGUUCAUUUGCACUUUCUUUAAGGGAAAUUUCAUCUCUGUUUGAAGAAGGUAAACAGCAUGAUGCUCAUGAACUGCUGCUUACAAUAAUUUCUGCAUUCUCGACUGCCUGCGAAGCACUAAAGGAAAAGUCUACAAAUAAGGAUGUAACUUCAAAAUCUCAGUCAUCUUUUGCAAUAGACAUGAAGAUAACAGAAUUAUCUGUAAAUGACACAGUCCAUUCUUCAGAUCAAAAAAAUCUUAAAAGGAAACAAAUAGCUAUAGAGAAUGUUGUUCAAAUAAAAAAAAGGAGAAAAUCUGAACCAUUGACAAUGCAUGGAAGUCCUGUAAAAAAUUCAUCUGAAAUAAUAAAUAUUGAAAAUAUUAAUUUAGGUUUUGAAGGUAAAAUCCAUCAUAGUAUUAUGUGCCUUGAAUGUGAAAAUAAGCUGGAACGUGAAGAAAUAUUCAUGAACUUGGAGGUAUCAGUUGCUGAAGAGUGUGUUAAAGAAGAUGCAGUUGAUCUCAGACACUGCUUAUCUCAAACUACAAUUUUAUCUGGGGAAAUUAAGUAUUAUUGUGAAGAAUGCCUUCAUUAUAAUGAAGCAAGAUUAGGCUCUAAAGUGAUAGUGCCACCUUCAAUUCUUCUGCUGCAUUUUAGUUGGUUUACAAGAUCCAGUAAUAUGACUAAUGUUGAAAAAGCCAACAUGAAAAUUAUCAUUCCUUUACUAUUGGAAACAUCAGAGAACUGUGACCUAUUCUCUUGCACUCCGCAUCAGAUUUAUAGUCUGUAUGCUGUUGUUUUACAUAUUGGACAAUCAAUAGAUGGAGGACAUUAUGUUGCUUUUGUGAAGGAUGUAUCGCAAACAUCACCAUCAAAGCAAGAUUCCAAACAGAACUUUCAUAGACCUAAAUUAAAAGUACCGGUAUUUAGUGCUGACAUAAUUAGUGCUGAUAUAGAAAGUUGCUGUACAACUCAAGAAAUUUUGAACUUUAAAGAGAGUGCUUCAUCAGAUAAAUGGCUUCUUUUUGAUGAUUAUGACGUUUCUCCAGUUUCCAUUGAUGAAACAGCUGGUAUAUUUCCAUAUUUUAAUUAUUUAAGUAUGACUGCUUCACCUUGUUUGAUAUUUUACCACAAAGCAUGACAUUGAACAGUGAUAUUCUGUACAUAGGCAAAAAUAUUCAUUAUUAUAUAUUUUGUAAAAUUGCAUAACUUUUUUCAAAAAGCUUAGACGUGUGUUUGUGAAACAGAUUAUUUAUUCUUUUAAAGUUAAAACUUGUGACUUUAAAUAAAUAUCUUAUUGUCUGUCAAAACCUUGUCAUUAUGUGUUUUACAGCAUUGUAUAAUGUUUAACUUUUAUAUGUAUCAAGCCAGUAAUUUAAUCCCUGAAUCUGAUUUAGAAUUUAAAUCAAUACGUUACUAAGCAGUCGAACUUUAUAAAGCAUUGUGUAAUAUUUCUUUGCCAAACAGAUAAUAUAUUUUGUAUGCCUAAUUUAUAAUUUUAAAUCAAUUAAGCAAUAAAACUUCAAUCCAUUUAUUUGUAUUCUAUUUCUUUUUACUUAUUUUGCUUAAUUCGUACAAUUUUAUGUAAAAAAAUCAGAAUUUUCCAAAAAUGAGGUGGGAAAAGUAAAUCAGCUAUAAGAGGAUUUCUGUCUGUAUGUGAACAAUGUUGUUUUAUUUGUAAAUAUGUGUUUUUUAAUCAGAAUAAAUAAAAAUAACAGUAAUGAAUAUUGGUUUUGUUUUUGCUGUAAGUGAAGUAAGUCAAAUGUUUAUGAUUUAAUGAAGAUAUUGUUGCAAACUUUUCAAGACUUAAAAACCCAGAUAUUCCAAGAAACAGAGUGAGGUGCCGUAGAAACUGGUAACAUAAAUGACCACCUUGAGAAUCAAUUAAAGAUUGAAAAGAUAAAUGAAAGACUGUGAAAUGAUGACACAGAGGAAAGUGAAGAUGAUUUGAUAGUGCUGAUUAGGACAAUUAACAACAAAAUCAGGGUAACUUAACUGCAUCGAACCAUGACAGUUUUAUCUUGCAUAUACUAUGAUUUAUGCUCAGAAAAGAAGGGAAUCAGAUAUACACAAAUUUGUUAUUUUUAAAACAAAAAUUUUCCUUAAGUGCUAAACCUUACUUUUCUGUGCUGAAAUAUUUAUGAAGAAUUGUCAUUUUAUGAAAUUAACUUAGUGUAAGUUAUCUACUGGCAAGUAGUCAUUUUUCAUAAAAUUAACCAUAUAAUGAUCCAGAAAUAUUUUUACACCAUUGUCAAUUAUACCAAAAUGUGAAAUUUCUAAAUUUGUGAAAUAUGUUAUAAAAAUUAUAUAUAUAUUCAAGACCUUAUUUUAUUUAUUUAAUAAAAGCAUUUUAAGUAUUCUAUGUUGAUCACUGAAUUCUUGGAAUACAAUAGGGUAUUUUGCAUGUUUUGUCAUCGUGUUUUUGAUUCAUUUUAUUUUAUACAUCUCAAUAAUAUAACUAAACAGGGUUCCCAUUCACCUGGAGAUUUCUGAAAAGUGCAAAAUGUUCAAGGAAAAUUAGAUUUUUUUCCCAAAAGUCUGUAAAUGGGGAAUAUACAGAUCAGUCCCUUCGAAAAGUAAAAUGUUAAAAAAUUAUUGCUCUUAAAGUGAAACGAUGCUGUGUUAUUCUGAUCUUUGUUUUCUUUGCAGAAUGUAUUUAAUUUGCCUCUUGACUGAGACAAUUUUAUCAAUGCUUUGCUUUCAUUUCUUAAUGAGCUGUUGUUCUUUCUCUUCAAAAAUUUCAAGUGAUUUGUCACUGCUUCCUUCAGAAGUGUAACUGAUCAUCAUUUUAUUUGCAACUAUAAUUAAUAAAACAUUUUUGUAAAUC